GCAGUAAAUCUCACAUGCAGGUAAGUGUGAUUAUAAUAUUGAGUUUGUAUUGAGUUUUUGUAUACCGAGGUAUCAGUUAAUGGAGUAACUGUCACAGUCAAUCAAAUGCAUGGACUCAAUGAUUGUAUGGACUCGGAUCGACAGUAGGUCUAUAUACACUCUACCUAACUUGCAUCACUGGCUAUGUCGUGACUGAUUUUGGGAACCAGUCAAUGCAGCUGGCUUCCCCUACUGUAUCAGCAUCCAACCUACAGUUACACCUCUGACUCCAGUGGGACCUCCGGCUACUGCUGUUGGGUGAAGUGUUUCUCUUAUGGACCUAUAGAUUCCUCACCCCAGCUUACCUUCAGUUUUAACCUGUCUCUGUGAUGCACCGAUGUCGUUGCACUAACCGAUGUCGUUACACUAGUGUAAAUACAAGGUCUCUAGUAGAAACGACUUACAACUACACAUUUAAUGGGACUGUAGCUAUCUUCUCUUACUGCUACUCACUCUACCAACCCAUCCGACGCCCUGUGUGGAACGUUCACCAUUAAUAUGGUCAGUGCUAUGAAUCAACCCACAAGGAUGUCUAUUCUUGUGUUAUCAGCUGAUCAGUCACUGAAUGGUGCAGUGGUGACUUGUUAUGCUGGUGCUUCUACAUCUGAUCCUCAAGCUGGGAACUUCACUGUACAAGUUAUUGGCCCGCCUUCCACUCCAACUGUUGACAGUAUGGAGUACUCAGUGGUCGACUCAACUACCGGACGAUUCAACUUCUUCGUAAGGGACAGAGUUCACUAUUUCUGCCAGUAUGGUUGGAGGUAGUGGCUCAGUGGUUGUCACUGACAACAGCAUCAAUGUGACUGGAUUAAGCUACACCGGGUCUCACACUGUCAGUGUGGUGGCUACCAGUGCUGUGUGUCCAGGAGUGGACAAUAGGAGCGUUGAUGUUCCUGUGGUGUUUAACAUAAGAACUCCUGUACUGACUCAACCCACUGGAUUCGUUGACUGUUCCAAUUCAUCACUGCCAAUCAGUGGAUCAUGGAGUGCGAUGGAAGGCGUUCAGAGCACCAAUAACCCAACAGUUCAGUUAGUUCCUCCCCAAAUUGGUACACCGACUAUAACCUUUACUUCUUCAGCAAGGGGGUCUCAGUGGCAAUGCAGUGUUUGUUCCUGAUUCAUCCUACCAGCUCACAGACACAGUGAAGAAUGAUGUGUACACUUUCACUGUGACUGUGACGAAUGCGGCUGGAUCAAGCACGGAAAUAUCUGAAAGAGUUGUUGUUACCCCGUUCAUUGUUGAUGAGAGUACGCUGGAAACAAUGAAUUGCCUCACAUUCUCUCUCGGUCAAACCUGUGUCUCUGAGCAAAGUGAAAACUUUGUCAUCCAGUUUGAAGAAGGAUCUGGUGUAUGUCGAGACUUGCUUCCAUCAGAUUUCAGCACAUCCACCAUACAACUGAUGCCGAGGUCGGCUUGUGCACCCGUGGCUUCAUCCACUAACCUGUGUUAUCGUGCAACUCUGAUGCAUAAUGGGAUUAUAAUCGGAACUUAUGCUAAUCUUGACAUUGCUGGGUGCGCUGUAAGUGUCCUUCCUUCUUUCCUGGCAGAUGGUGUUUCCUACCAGCUUGACGGAGAAGUCACUAGCGGCAACGUGUCUCACCUCACGACUGCUACUCUGAGCUGUACCGAAACUUUUGCCUCAGUAUCUGGAGCAGCUGUGGUGACAUGUGUUGACGGUCAGUGGAACAACAUGGGCAUACGGUGGUGUUCUAGAUCAUGUGCAGAAACUACUGUUAUAUCCGUAAUCGUGACUUUCCUGCUGACCCUGGCUCUAGCAAUCUCCAUUGGUGUCUUUAUUGUACUGGCAGUGAACAAGUGGAGGAGGUCUGAGAAGGUAACUUUGCAAACUGAAACUAAAAUGAGACAACCACCAGUUGCAAUAUACGAGGACCCAGAUAUCGUUAAACCUGACCCUUGUACUCAGGGAAACCUCGCUUAUGGACAUGUGCAGUUCAGUUAGUUUCGAAUCAAACAUUCUGUAGGUAUAGUCUUCUACAUGCAAACGCCACUGGUCUGAAUGCUGUCAAGGUGAAGAAAUGUUCUGUGAUGUGAGAAACUUAGAGAUAGACUGCCUUCGUCUUGAGGUACUCACUGAGUUCUCGCAGUUGUCUGCAGGUUCCAACAAAAUUGGUUCCAUUGUGAUGCAGGCCCCGAAACUGCUUGAGGCACAAAAUACAUAUAUGUUUCAGUAUACCAACGAUGGGGAGGAGAGGUGGAUCUCAUGGCCAACAUACCUGAAUCUCCUCCCACUUUUGGUACCGUCAAAGUGAGUGAGUUAUAAUUACGGACAAGCUUUUUGUCAAAAAUCUGCGUAUUUGACAUCUACAACGUUAUAUACCAACAGUAGAUGAGUGUCAAACUACACAAAACUGUAAGCAAGAUUGUUUUGAAAAGUGGGGGCCAGCUUAAGUAUCCUCGUGCACUGGACAGUAACCCGGCCAACUGAUGCAUGGAGGUAAUAAUAUCGUGAACAUUAACGGCUGUUAACUUGAGCAUAAAAGAAUAGCAUUGAUAAUAGGUAAUAAUUAUCUCAAGCAUAAUGCUACCAACCCCUACUGUGAUAACGGUGUGCCUGACUAUGGCACACCCAUUCUUCGGUUCCAUCGUCGGGUCCAGUCCCAACACAAGCCAUCGAAAUCAGAAUUCUAAUACCUAAUCCAAUUCUGGAACAGGUUACUCCAAAUCCCAAAGUGCUAUUGCUGUUAAGAAUGCUGCCAAGAACAGGAACAUGGACUACCUGCCACGGCUACAAGCACCAGAAGGCAUACACCAUUGUCCAGAAUCCAUUGGACUCAGCUGUAUAACUUCUGGAAGGUGAUUUAUGACAGGAAGUGUGUGGCUGUUGUGAUGUUGACUCCACUCAGUGAAAAUGGGAAGGUAAGAGAUGGUCUCCAAUAGCCUGUUGAGUGUGUGUGUGUAUAGGAAGAAUGCUCCCAGUACUGGCCAGAGAGUGGCAAUGUCACCUCCUUUGGUGAGUUCACCAUCGAUAACUUGGGGGAAGAAACCAACGCUGGGUUCGUUAUGAGGCAACUGAGCGUACUCAAUGAAAAGUAUAUCAUGCAUCUCUUUGUUGCCUUCAAACCUAUUUUUAUUCCUUGUUGCCUCCAAAGGGCCCAUCAAUUGACUCAGUUCCACAUCACUAACUGGAAGAGCAGUGGAAAGUGUGAGAACUUCAAGACUGUAACUGACGUCAAUGAAGAGGUUAUAAAGGUUCAAAGAAGGAUGGGAAACAAGCCUGUAUAUAUAUUGAUCCAUUCCAAUGACACUGCGACCCGCUCUGGUAUGUACUGCUCUGUAGCUACUACCAUCGAUUGUUGCAAGACAGAGGGAGUGGUGGAUGUGUUGCAGGUGGUCAAGGCUCUCAGGGUCCACAAGCCAGGGGCAGUACCCUCAGUCGUGAGUUCAUCUGCUGCUCACAUAGUGGGAGGCUUGUACCAUUACAAGAGCCAGACCUUGCCUAUAGUAGUAUAGACUUGCCAGUCGUCACUUUUGCACAGCGGAAAGUAGACUGGUCAAAGUACAGUCCACAUAUCCGAUAAGACUCGAAGUGGCUGUGGUUUUCGUGACGUCAGUCUACUGCACGUGAUACUUAGACUUAGACUACCACAAAACUAGCUACACAAAAGGUAUUCUAGUGCCAGUACGUGCUAUUAGCCCAGGGCGUAAAGAAGAGAGGGCAUGCAACAGCAAAACAGCUGAUUCCACCACGUAGGCGAAUGAAUUUGCAUGAAGUGCUAAAAAAAAGAGCUUCAUGCAAAUGCACAUUUAUCGGCCCACGAUAUUAUGAAUUCUGCUCGCUCGCUACGUGUACUAGAUUGAAUGCCUUCUUUUCACACUAUUGCUAUAUAGCUACUCAAGUUGACAACUUGCAUACUAUGCCCAGAGUGUGCUAUGCCUAUAUGGUGGUAUGCAUUCAACGUCACUAUUUAAUUAUUUUGUGGUAACUGCAUGCGGUCUAGCCACUUGAGUUUCCACAUCAUUUAGUGGCAAGCAUUGCAGCACAUAGUUUUAACAGUCUAAUUUUUGACGUGCAAAGGUGACGGCUCGUGAGUCUAGCCUAGUAGGGCCUGUACCAGGUUGUUUCCCCCAACACAAGAGAUUGUGAAUGCUUUAAGUCGAUCAGCUAGUAGGAGCUGUAUUGUUGAUUGUUAUUAUUUUCAGUGUAUAUAUAGUUUAUAUAAUCUACCAUAACACACCACAGACAGUCAAUGUGUAGCUAUAUAGUUAGUGUAAUGGUAUUGAGGUUCCACUCCCCCUCACAAGACAACUAUAAGGAUAUCUUAGCGAAUAUGCAUGUACAACUAUACUAACACAAAAAAUGAACAAAUUGUAUGCAUGAACUCUGUUGAGUAUACCUUUAAGGUGACACAUUUUCGCGAGUAUUAAAUUUCUGCGAAUGAGAAUAAAAUCGCAAAAAUUUGUACUCACAGAUAAUUGAAAAUUGCUCAAUCUUAUAAUUACAGGCCACAAGGUAUUGUACUUAGAGAUACUGACUUCCUUUUUGUACAAUAUCAUAGAGUUCUUUAUUUCCACUGCUAUUGUUAAUCACCCUGAACUUAAGGAUUAUCGAGGUAUGAUGUUCGCAGUAAUUUAACAUCACAAUGCAUGCUGCAAAAGGGCUGCUAUUCGAAUCCAUGAAAACCUUUCUAACACUAUUUUCGAGAAACUGUAUAGCCUAGAAACAGAUAACAUAACUAUUAUGACAGUGUUUAUUGUCAAAGUGUGUACACAACAUGCCGAUGGCAUGAUAGUGUACUAUAUAACAGUUAAUCAGUUUCUGCGAGCACACUGAUUGGUCUCAUGUAGGGAUCCAAUACCUGCAUGCAGGCAAAACUGUUUCAAUCAAUUUCCUUAAGGCUAGCAAUACUGUACUUAUAAUUACAGGCCACAAGGUAUUGUACUUAGCUAACAUCAUAGCAAGCUAGCUAGGGAUACCUACUAACUGUCUACCAUUGAAGAAAGACUAUACCCAUGACCUCCAUGCUGUGUGGACUAGUGUGUGUGGUUCUGCUCUCUGGGCUCGCUGUACUGGCAGGGGAACAGCAAGUCUACCUGGCACUGGGAUCUGGUCGCAUCACCACUAACAAUACUUAUAUCUUGAUCACUACUAUUGGAGAGAAUGCUGAUGGUGGUCUUCCUUUUCUCACCUGUCACAGUGACCUCACUACCUGCUGUAGAAAUGUGUCUGACAACAAUGGUAAUGGAACACUAGGACAGUGGACGUAUCCUGAUGGGAGUAUGAUAAUGGGCAAUGAUGCAGUCGCUGCACAGCAGUUCUACAUUGUGAGGAAUGCUGCUCAGGUCAUCAGACUGGCUCGUAGACAGGCUAACAAUCCCCUCACUCCAACCGGGUCCUACUGUUGUACUGUACCAACUACACUGGGAGAUAUGACCAUCUGUGCUAACCUGAUUGCACCUAUGUCAGUCACAUGUUCUGAUAAUUUCCCGGACAUUGCUAAUGGAAGCAUAACCUAUACUGGUGGAUCCACUAACAACAGAUCAGUGGGUGCUACAGCCAGUUACGCCUGCUUCCUUCCCUACACUCUGGUUGGAGUGCCAGUGAGGACUUGUGGGAGUGAUGGAAAGUGGAGCUCAACAACAACUCCAGUGUGUGAGAUGACGUGUUCUGACCUACCCUCACUGACAAAUGGGAAUAUUGACUAUGGUGGUGCUGGAUCCAAUAACAGUAGACCAGUGAACACUGUGGCCACCUACACCUGUAACCCUGGCUACACUAUUGGUGGAGGUACCACCAGGACUUGUAGGAGUGGUAUACAUAGAGUGUGGACUGGGUUUGCUCCAGUGUGUCUGUCUAACUGCCCUGACUUACCCCCACUGACCAACGGGACGAUUAUGUACAGUGCUACAUCCAUUGGCAUCAAACCUUUCCUCUCUAGUGCUGUGCACUCCUGCAACACUGGCUAUACUCUCACUGGAGGAGACACUAACAGGAUCUGUGUGACUGGAGGGAGCUGGAAUGGGUCAGCUCCAACUUGUCAGCCUAACUGCCCUGACUUACCCCCACUGACCAACGGGAUGAUUACCUAUAGUGAUGGAUCCACUAAUAACAGACUUUUCCUCUCUAACGCUACAUACUUCUGCAACACUGGCUACACUCUCACUGGAGGGGACACCACUAGGGUCUGUGUGAGUGGGAGCUGGAGUGGGUCAGGUCCAAUUUGUCAGCGACCUUGUUCUGAUUUACCACCACUAAUGAAUGGAGGCAUUACCUACGCUGGUGGACUUGCUGACAACAGACCUAAUAAUACUAUUGCUAUGUUCACUUGUGACAAUGGCUACACUCUCAUUGGAGGUGGAAGGAGUGUCAGAGUUUGUCAGAAUGGGACCUGGAGUGGAACAGCUCCUACCUGUCAAUUGAACACAGGACCCACUAAAUCACCCACCACCUGUUCCGACCUCCCUGCUCUGACCAAUGGAAUGAUUCUUUACAAUAUGGGGACUGCUAGUCUGAGACCAGUGGACACUGUGGCCACCUGCACCUGUGACACUGGCUACACUCUCAAUGGAGGCAGCACUAGGACUUGUGGGAGUGAUGGAGUGUGGAGUGGGUUAGCUCCAACCUGUCAAUUAUCUCCUGUCUACGUCUCCGUGGGAACCACCAAAUUUGCAACUAAUAACUCACAGGUUUCCAUAGACACCAUUGGAGAUACCACUGAGACAGCAUUGACUUGCAAAACUGACUCAACUAUUUGUUGUACAGGACAAGAUAACCCCAAUAGUGCCAAUGGAUUAGGAGAUUGGCUACUACCGAAUGGAACAGCUAUUAUAAGAAAUCUGGACAUUACUAUUUCAGACACAGAUCUGCUGUACAGUGUUAGAAAUACAAGUGCACUCAGACUCCAUCGUCGAGGGUCUGUGUCAGGCCCCACUGGCUCCUACUGCUGUGUGAUUCCUGACAGCACUGGAGUUAACACAACUUUCUGUGUGCAGUUAGGCCCUGAUGCUAGCAACACAGGAGGUGUGGUAGCAGGUGUAGUCAUCGUGUUACUCAUUCUAGCCGCUGUCAUUGUGGUGGGUAUCAUUGUUGGGGUCUAUUUCUGGAGGAAACUUCAUGGCAACCAGACCAAGUACGGCCCCUCCCCACGCCAUGCAUCUCCCCCUCGCCCCACCCCCUAUCAAGCAUCCUUCAAGAAGAGCAACAGACAAGACAGUAAAGCCACCAUUGAGAAAGUCAACGAGCCUAGUAUAGUAGAGUUUCCUAGUGAUACUCAUGCAACGGAGGGGGAGGAGGUGUAUCUGAGGGUGAAGGUGGGAGGUCACCCUCCACCCAGUCUCACCUGGUACCACGAUGGUAGGAAGGUGACUGCAGACUAUGCCACAGAACUGGACCAGGACGGUGGAGUAUCCUUCUCUAGUGUGGAGGCUAAGCAUGCUGGUGUGUAUAAACUGGUGGUUACUGGAGCCUCAGGGUCAACAACGCAACAGCUCGUCAAGGUAACAGUGAUGAGUGAGAGUGGUAAGGCUAGUGAGGGGAUGGAGGGGGUGGACUACGCCCCCAUACCUGUGACAGAGUUUGGAGCGUAUGUGGCUGACCUCCAUGCCAGCAGCAAUAAGAAGUUCAAAGAUCUUUACAAGAAUCUGGACAGUGGGGAGAGGGGUCAUCCAGUGAUUAUUUCAGUGACUCCUGAGAACAGACUCAACAACAGAUUUGGCAACAUUGCUGUCUAUGAUGACAACCUCAUUAUCCUAGACCCCAUCCCUAGCCAAGAGGACUGCCAGAGUGACUACAUCAAUGCCUGCUAUGUAGACGGGUACAAGAAGCCUAAAAAGUUUAUAGCAACACAAGGACCGCUACCACGAACUCUGGUGGACUUUUGGCGUCUCAUGUGGCAGGAGAGACCACCCAUAAUAGUCAUGCUCACCAACCUCGAGGAGAACAACAAGAUAAAGUGCGAACAAUACUGGCCAGAUUCUGGGAAGAAGCAGUUUGGACCAUUCACAGUGGCCAUUACAGAUCAGCAAAUACUGGCUGAUUACACUGUCAGGACACUGGAGGCUUCAUUGGAUGGUGAUCUCCGUGUUCUGAGAGUCAAGCUAUUCCAUUUCACUGCCUGGCCUGAUCACGGUGUGCCUGACUAUGCCACGCCCAUUCUUGGGUUCCAUCGUCGGGUCCAGUCCCAACACAAGCCAUCAAAAGGUCCUAUUCUGAUCCACUGCAGUGCUGGUGUGGGACGCACAGGCACUUAUAUUGCCAUUGAUAAUGUUCUCGAUCAGAUCUCAGUCGAUGGUCUCAUCGAUAUUUCCGGGACCAUUGUUAAAGCUCGCAACCAGAGGAUGAAGCUUGUACAAACACAGGAUCAGUAUGUGUUCAUCCACGAUGCUAUCCUGGAGUCAAUGACGUGUGGAGACACUCAGAUCGGUGCUGGAGAUCUGCGCAGACAGAUACAAAAGAUGUCAUUAGUACCCCCGGGAAAAACCACCUCAGAAUUCCAAUACCAGUUCCAAAUUCUGGAACAGGUUACUCCAAAUCCUAAAGAAGUUCGAAGUCUUAUUGCUGUUAAGAAUGCUGCCAGGAACAGGAACAUGGACUACCUGCCACCUGAGCCCAGUCGUGUGAUUCUGAAGGGAGAGCAACCUGACUACAUUCAUGCUGUGUUUGCUCAUGGCUACAAGCACCAGCAGGCAUACAUCAUUGCCCAGAAUCCACUGGACUCAACUGUGCGUAACUUCUGGAAAGUGAUCUAUGACAGGAAGUGUGCGGCUGUUGUGAUGUUGACUCCACUCAGUGAGAAUGGGAAGGAAGCAUGCUCCCAGUACUGGCCAGAGAGUGGCAAUGUCACCUCCUUCGGUGAGUUCACCAUCAAUAACUUGGAGGAGGAAGUCAACACUGGGUUCGUUAUGAGGCAACUGAGCAUGCUUAAUAAAAAGACCCAAAAGGCCUGUCAAUUAACUCAGUUCCACAUCACUAACUGGAAGAGCAGUGGAAAGUGUGAGAACUUCAAGACUGUAACUGACGUCAAUGAAGAGGUUAUAAAGGUUCAAAGGAGAACUGGAAACAACACUAUACUGGUUCAUUGCAAUGACACUGUGACCCGCUCUGGUAUAUGUACUGCUCUGUAGCUACUACCAUUGAUCGUUGCAAAACAGAGGGAGUGGUGGAUAUGUUGCAGGUGGUGAAGGCUCUCAGGGUCCACAAGCCAGGGGCAGUACCCUCAGUCGUGAGUUCAUCUGCUGCUCACAUAGUGGGAGGCUUGUACCAUUACAAGAGCCAGACCUUGCCUAUAGUAGUAUAGACUUGCCAGUCGUCACUUUUGCACAGCGGAAAGUAGACUGGUCAAAGUACAGUCCACAUAUCCGAUAAGACUCGAGGUUUUCGUGACGUCAGUCUACUGCACGUGAUACUUAGACUUAGACUAUAUACCACAAAACUAGCUACACAAAAGGUAUUCUAGUGCCAGUACGUGCUAUUAGCCCAGGGCGUAAAGAAGAGAGGGCAUGCAACAGCAAAACAGCUGAUUCCACCACGUAGGCGAAUGAAUUUGCAUGAAGUGCUAAAAAAAGAGCUUCAUGCAAAUGCACAUUCAUCGGCCCACGAUAUGAAUUCUGCUCGCUACGUGUACUAGAUUGUGAGUUGCAUGUCCUCUUUUCACGCUCUUGCUAUAGCUACUCAAGUUGAUGCUAUAGCUACUCAAGUUGACAACUUGCAUACUAUGCCCAGAGUGUGCUAUGCCUAUAUGGUGGUAUGCAUUCAACGUCACUAUUUAAUUAUCUUGUGGUAACUGCAUGCGGUCUAGCCACUUGAGUUUCCACAUCAUUUAGUGGCAAACAUUGCAGCACGGAGUUUUACCAGUCUAAUUUUUGACGUGCAAAGGUGACGGCUCGUGAGUCUAGCCUAGUAGGGCCUGUACCAGGUUGUUUCCCCCAACACAAGAGAUUGUGAAUGCUUUAAGUCAACUAGUAGGAGCUGUAUUGUUGAUUGUUGUUAUUUUCAGUGUAUAUAUAGUUUAUAUAAUCUACCAUAACACACCACAGACAGUCAGUGUGUAGCUAUAUAGUUAGUGUAAUGGUAUUGAGGUUCCACUCCCCUUCACAAGACAACUACAAGGAUCUGUUUGAUGCUACUUGGACUCCUUUGACAAAAAUACCAAUUUCCAAAAUAUAUGAUGUACAUGCAUGCAUGUACAACUAUACUAACACAAGAAAUGAACAAAUUGUAUGCAUGAACUCUGUUGAGUAUACCUUUAAAGUGAUAUAUUUUCGCGAGUAUUAAAUUUCUGCGAAUGAGAAUAAUAUCGCAAAAAUUUGUACUAGAUAAUUGGAAAUUGCUCAAUCUUAUAAUUACAGGCCACAAGGUAUUGUACUUAGAGAUACUGACUUCCUUUUUGUACAAUAUCAUAGAGUUCUUUAUUUCCACUGCUAUUGUUAAUCACCCUGAAUUUAAUGAUUAUCGAGGUAUGAUGUUCGCAGUAAUUUAACAUCACAAUGCAUGCUGCAAAAGGGCUGCUAUUCGAAUCCAUGAAAACCUUUCUAACACUAUUUUCGAGAAACUGUAUAGCCUAGAAACAGAUAACAUAACUAU